AUGGGGUCUCCGUUCGGGACCAUUCCUCAUGACCACUACAGCCUCUCCUCCUCGCCAGGACUUCCGUCUCUCGACCAGAUCAAAUCACAGAACCCUUCACGACCUCCGCUCCGAAGUGGCAGCGCGGCGAUGCCCAUUCCCGACAAUGCAAGCCAUAGCUUCAGUAGCAUGUCCAGCUUCCUCCGCCACGAGCACUCCACGAUCGAUCUAACGACUCCGUCUAAACCUCCGACCGAGACCUCUGGCAUGCCUCCGCCACCGCUACCCGAAGAGGAGGAGCCAGUUGUUGUGUGCCUCGCGACGGUAUCGAAACCGAAGCGGAAAAGAGGUGUCAAGGUGUUGGAGAAGAAGCCAGGCCAACCGCCUCCAAAACCAGCCAAAGCUGGGAAGGCCGCCAAGGAGAAGGAGGAAACCGAGGCCGACCAACCGUGGAAGAAGUACUUGAAGGACGCUGCCGAGAAAGAAGAGAAGGAGGCCAAGGCUACAAAGGCCAAACCUGCGGCCAAAGCUAGAACGAUGAGGAAGAAGAAGGAGGAAACUGUCAGUCGCCACUUUGCCAAACCGAAAGACGAGGACAAGGACCAGGACCGGGAGGCUGAGGCGCCUAAGCCGCCAAAGAGGACCAAGAAAGAUGCGGAUGAACCUUUGGAUUUGGAGGCGGCUAUGCGCCGUCACAAGGAUUGGACACCGCCGCCUGCCGAUACUGCUGCUGGUUCAAAUCAACAGGUCGUGGAUUUGCUUUCCUCAACCGAUAAGACCUCAAGUCUUGUCGCCUCAAAGGAGACUUUCGAUAAUCUUUUCAAGAACUAUGCGCACCCGGAGGAGGAGCCGGUACGGCCUUCCGUCGAGCCACCCGACAAUGAGCGUCAGGUCUUAGGGAAGAGGAAGUUGAUCGAGACUGUAUCUAUCAACGAAACGGCCAAGGCGGGCCCGUCCGAGAGAGCGGCCCCGAAGGCCAAGGCGCCCAGGAAGAAGCCUCGAACUAUCACUGAGCUGGCGACAGCUGCCUAUAAGGUCCCAGAAGCUACUGAGCAGCAGGAAACAGCUGCACUUGCACCCGAGAGCAAUGGUGUCGAAGCAGAGGAGCCGAAGGGCAAGGGAAAGAAGAGGGCAUCCAAGGCCAAGAAGCCGAAAAAGAUGCCACCGCCGGAACCUGUUCUUCUUUCACCGACCGCAGCUUUGAGACAGGCCGCAAAACAGGACUACGUUUUUGGCACUUCGAGCCAGCUGGCUCGGGAACACUCGCCAACAUUCCUACGAGACCUUCAAUCAGCUCUCCAAGCUUCAAACUCGCGAGGAAAGGAGGACGACCCCUUCGUGACGCCCAUCAACAGUGAUGCGGUAGAACCAGAACCGCGACAGAAGCUAUGGGGUGUCGGGGCAAGAGACGAAGAUGGCAGAGUUUUGGACCUCGAAGUCAUCAACUUGGCAGACACGCCACAGGGAAAUGAAGGCACAUCUGAAGGGCCCAAUCCAUUUGGAUACGUGGCCGCGGACAAACAGGCGCCACCACCACCGAAUCACUUUCCAUCAGAUGACUCGUUCCCUGAUAUUGACGAUCUUCUCGGAAAAGCAAUUGCCGGGGAGCUGCCUAGCAUUCAAGAGGAGGCACCAUCCUUUCAACCUACGGCAGCUCAAACCGCCCCGAAGGAACCAAGCCCUGCGCCCGAACAUGAAGCCGCGUCCCCAGCCGAAAAGGACAUCUCCGAGGAUGACAUUGACCUGCCGCCGCCGCGGUUGCCGUCAGUGACUGGCAGAGGAACACGACAGCCUGCUGCCAAAGCCAAACCUGUCCAAGAACCCAGCAAACCCAAAUUCGACCUAUACACUGACGUCCAGCUCGCACGUGAAAUCUCCUCGUACGGGUUCAAGCCAGUCAAAAGACGCACGGCUAUGCUUGCUCUAUUGGACCAGUGCUGGGAAAGUAAGCAGCGACCAGCGCUUUCUUCCCUCCCCACGAACCAUCCGAUGAUCUCGACGAUAUCUGAGUCACAGACAGCUGCCAAUGUGCAAAGGGCUGCAGCUGCUGUGUCACCCAAACGCCCGCGGGGCCGUCCGAGAAAGAACAGUGACGUUGCGCCAGCAUCCCAGGAGGUGUCACCUAAACGUGGGCCGGGACGGCCCAGGAAGGACCCCAGCAUCGAAGUCAUGUCGUCGCCCAAACGCCCGCGGGGUCGCCCGAGAAAGAGUAGCAUCGAGAUCCCGUCCAGUGAGCCGCCGCCGUCAGCUCAGCCUCCACCGCCAUCUCCCAAACGGCGACCCGGACGGCCGAGGAAAACCGCUGAGCCGACACGAACCACCGGCGGCACGAUAAGCAACAAGGGUAAAUCCAAGGCAGCUGCAGAUACCCCAGACGUAGCCUCGCCGGCGGCGUCACGCGCGAGGAAGCUUGCGUCGCAGAACAUCAUCGAGAUUCCUGAUUCGGCCUCUGAAGGGUCACUGUCGCCGUCGCCCUACUCAUCUCCGGAACCAAUGUUCUCGUCACCGCCGCCGGUGGAUGCUUCCUUAUCAAUCACGGAAGAUACGGAGAUGUCGCUCGCUGCGUCGCCAAAGAGCCAGGAGUCUGCGGCUCUGUUUGAGUGCAUCACCGAAGCCGUGACGACGGCACCCCCAACCACGGACCCGAAGAAGCCCACAUUUCAUGAGAUGAUGUUGAUGUAUGACCCUAUCGUGCUGGAGGACCUUGCCACUUGGCUGAACACAGGUCAGCUGUCUAGAGUUGGAUACGACGGAGAGGUCUCUGCGGUUGAAGUGAAGCAAUGGUGUGAGUCCAAGAGCGUUUGCUGUCUUUGGCGCGAGAGCUUGCGAGGAGGCGAGAGGAAGAGAUAUUGA